CCCAACAACCUACACCGAAUCUGAACUCUGCCCAGGAAUUCCCAUUAAAAUGAGAACAGAGGCCAAAGUGCAAGCAGGUUGUGCCCAGCCUAUCCUCCCAGAAAUCCACGCUGCCGCCUGCCCCUGAGAGAGGCUCGUUCACCACAAAAAUCUGGAAGAUCUGGCACAUGGAGACCAACACACCGAGGCCCAAAGAGUCCAUCUCUCUCGCAUCCGUGGCCAACGGUCUGGACAACAUGGGGGCUGAGAUCUUGGAAAGCCUGGAGGAAGGCCAGACUCCAGGCGGCGACUUGAGCCCUGCAGAGGGCGGGAACAGUUCGAACAAAGCCAGCCGGGAGCCCUUCUCAGGAGGGAGGAGCCUGCAGCCAGCCCUGAGAGCGAGGCGCUUCUGCAGAGAGCACACACAACUGUUCCGAUGGAUCCGCACGGGCCUGCUCUGUACCGCGUUUGCGGCCUUCCUGCUGAUCGCCUGCCUCCUGAAUUUCCAGAGGGCCCUGGCCCUGUUUGUCCUCACAUGUGUGGUCCUGGCCUUCUUGGCCCACGGCCUGCUGAAGAAGCUGCUGGGACCAAAGCUGCGGAGGUGUGCCAGGCCUCUGGGGCAUCCCCGCCUGAGCCUCUGGCUCAAGAGGGGUGCAGCCCUCGCCGCUUUCCUGGGCCUGGUCCUCUGGCUGGCUCUGGACACCUCCCGGCGGCCGGAGCAGCUGGUGUCCUUUGCGGGAAUCUGCGUGUUCAUCUGCGUCCUCUUCGCCUGCUCGAAGCAUCACCGCACAGUGUCCUGGCGGGCCGUGUCCUGGGGUCUCGGGCUGCAGUUUGUACUCGGCCUCCUUGUCAUCAGAACGGAACCUGGAUUUAUCGCGUUCCAAUGGCUGGGCGACCAGAUCCAGAUCUUCCUGAGCUACACCGAGGCCGGCUCCAGCUUCGUGUUUGGGGAAGCGCUGGUCAAGGAUGUCUUUGCCUUUCAGGUCCUGCCCAUCAUUGUCUUCUUCAGCUGUGUUAUGUCCAUCCUCUACCACGUGGGCCUCAUGCAGUGGCUGAUCCUGAAGAUCGCCUGGCUGAUGCAGGUCACCAUGGGCACCACGGCCACGGAGACCCUGAGUGUGGCCGGAAACAUCUUUGUGAGCCAGACUGAGGCUCCACUGCUGAUCCGGCCCUACUUGGAGGACAUGACACUCUCCGAAGUCCACGUUGUCAUGACCGGAGGGUAUGCCACCAUUGCCGGCUCCCUGCUGGGUGCCUACAUCUCCUUUGGGAUCGACGCCGCCUCUUUGAUUGCCGCCUCUGUGAUGGCCGCCCCUUGCGCGCUGGCCCUCUCCAAGCUGGUCUACCCGGAGGUGGAGGAGUCCAAGUUCAGGAGCGAGGAGGGAGUAAAGCUGAGCUCCGGAGACGCUCAGAACAUCUUAGAAGCCGCCAGCAACGGGGCCGCCAUCUCCGUGAGGGUCGUCGCCAACAUCGCGGCCAACCUGAUCGCCUUCCUGGCCGUGCUGGCCUUCAUCAACGCCGCCUUCUCCUGGCUGGGCGACAUGGUGGACAUCCAGGGGCUCAGCUUCCAGCUGCUCUGCUCCUACAUCCUGCGGCCCGUGGCGUUCUUGAUGGGCGUUGCCUGGGAGGACUGCCCGGUGGUGGCCGAGCUGCUGGGGAUCAAGCUGUUCCUGAACGAGUUUGUGGCCUACCAGGAGCUCUCCCAGUACAAGCAGCGCCGCCUGGCCGGGGUGGAGGAGUGGGUCGGCGCCAAGAAGCAGUGGAUCUCCGUCCGAGCAGAAAUCCUCACGACAUAUGCCCUCUGUGGAUUCGCCAACCUCAGCUCCAUUGGCAUCAUGCUGGGAGGCCUGACCUCCAUGGCCCCCCAACGGAAGAGCGACUUCUCCCAGAUCGUGCUGCGGGCGCUGUGCACAGGGGCCUGCGUGUCCCUGGUGAACGCCUGUGUGGCAGGGAUCCUCUACGUGCCCUGGGGAGCCGAGGUCAACUGUGCGAGCCUCCUGAACGCGACCCUCAGCAGCAGCAGCUUCGAGGUGUACCAGUGCUGCCGCGAGGCCUUCCAGAGCGCCAGCCUGGAGUUCGGCCCCGAGGCCCUGAUCAACUGCUGUCGGUUUUACAACCACACGAUCUGCGCAUAGUGGGGCAGCAUGCCUCGGGGCGGGGGCUGUUCUUUCCCAGAAGGCAACUGACCCCACCUUCCCCUCUCCAGGCCCGUCCUCAAGGAAGCCCACGGGGAGGGAGUGGUGGCGUGAGUGGGCAGAGGCUGAGAGGGUGUGUACGGAAUUCCCAGGAUCCCAUCAGCCUCCUCAGUCCUCCCCUCCACACCCAGCAGCACCCUGGUCUUUGUAGUCCCCUGCCCACCGUGGGCCUCUCCCAUGCACCCUUUCCUUCUCUAUGGCCCCUCGGCCCUGGCAUCUGUGCCCCCUCCUUCCCUCUUCUCUGACACGUGGGGCUUCCUGUGGCCUACCCCUGCCCACUGUUUCUCCCGGAGGCCCCUUCCCCUACUUCCAGAGAAUGCCCAUUGCCUUCCUGCAUUGCGCUUCCCAAACUGGGGUCCCGUGGAACACUCCCACGUGGUGUCCAGAGCUUCCAUGGUCCGCUACAUUUGGGAACCACUAGGCU